AUGCGGGGCUCCGGGGCCCGGCUGCUUUGGCUCUUGGUGCUCUCGCUGGCCUGGCUGGGCCCGGCCUGGGGGGACAGCGAGGGGCUUGAAGGCAAGGAGGAGGAUGGGGAGGUGGUGGCAGAGGAGGAGGAGGAUGAAGAGGAUGAUGUGGUCUCGGAUGAGCUCGAGGAGGAGGACAGCGUCCUGGUGCUUCACGAGCACAACUUCGCCCGUGCCUUGAGCGAGUUCAGCCUGCUGCUGGUGGAGUUCUAUGCACCGUGGUGUGGGCACUGCCGGAGGCUGGCCCCUGAGUUUGCCCAGGCAGCCGCCACGCUGAGGAACGGGUCGGAGGCGGUGCGUCUGGGCAAGGUGGAUGCCACGGCGCAGGUGGGCCUGAGCACCGAGUUUGGCAUCAACGCCUACCCCACGCUCAAGCUCUUCCGUGAUGGCAACCGCACUCAUCCCAUCGCCUACACCGGCCGCAUGGACGCCAAGGGCAUCGUGCUCUGGAUGCAGCGUCGGGCCGGCCCCAGCGCCACGCUGCUGCAGGACACCGACACCGCGGCCGCCUUCAUCAGCGCCCAGGAUAUGGUGGUCGUGGGCUUCUUCAAGGACCUGAAGGGCGAGGCGGCCCAGGCGUUCUACGAGGCUGCUGGUGAGGUGGUGGAUGUGGCGUUUGGUGUGACCGAGGCGGACGAGCUCUUUGAGGUAUAUGGGCUGUCAGUCGACACUGUCUGCCUUUUCAAGAAGUUCGACGAGGGACGGACAGACUUCCCUGUGGACCCAGCACAGGGACUGGACGCAGCCGAGCUUACUCGGCUGCUCCGCGUGCAUAGCCUGGAGCUGGUGAUGGAGUUCUCCAAUGAGACCUCCAGCCACAUCUUUGGUGCCAAGAUCCCCCACCACAUGCUGCUCUUUCUCAACAAGUCCGUGGAGGAGCAGCUGGCGCUGCGGGAUGACUUCCGGAAGGCUGCCAGCAAUUUUCGGGGAGAGGUGCUCUUUGUAGUGGUGGAUGUGGAUGGGUACGGUGCCUCUGUCCUGCCCUUCUUUGGCCUGACACCUGCUGAUGCCCCCACCUUGCGCUUCAUCAAGAUGGCGAACAACCGCAAAUACCAGAUGGAUGAGGAGGCCUUCUCGGCCACAGCCGUGCGUGACUUUGUCCAGGCGGUGCUGGAUGGCAAGGUUAAGCCCCAUCUGCUGAGCGAGGAGCCCCCUGAGGACUGGGACACGCGACCUGUUAAAGUCCUCGUGGGAAAGACCUUUGAGCAGGUGGCAUUUGAUGAGACCAAGAACGUCUUUGUGAAAUUCUAUGCGCCGUGGUGCUCCCACUGCAAGGAGAUGGCGGCUGCUUGGGAGGAGCUGGGUGAGCGCUAUAAGGACCACAAGGACAUUGUCAUUGCUGAGAUGGAUGCCACGGCCAAUGAGCUGGAGAACAUCACCAUCAGUGGUUACCCCACACUGCACUAUUUCCCUGCUGGACCGGGCAGGAAGAUGAUCGAGUAUAGGAGCACCCGAGAUGUGGAGACCUUCUCCAAAUUCCUGGAAAAUGGGGGGACACUGCCUGAGGAGCCACCUGUGGUCAGUAAGACCCCCGAGAACAGCACAGGCACAGAGGAGCCGAGUCCGUCAGGCACGGCUGAAGCCCGGGAUGAGCUGUGA